AUGCUCGAGUUUCACGUCUGGGGCCCCGCAUGCGGCCUGCCCUCCAUCGACGCCGAGUCCCUCGCCCUCAUCACCUACGCCAGCUUCGUCCUCCCGCCCACCGCCUUCACCCUCGUCACCACCAGCCCCUCCGCCGUCCCUUCACAUGUCCUCCCCUCCCUGUACGACCGGGCCACCGGCUCCUGGGUCUCGGGCUACCGACCCAUCGUCUCCCACCUCGCCUCCACCUCCACCUCCUCCUCCUCCCGCCUCGACCACGAUCCGGACGCCCGCCUGACGCCCGCCCAGCGCGCCGACGCCGACGCCCUCGCCGCCUUCCUCGCCUCGCGCGCGGCGCCCCUCGUCGCGCUCUCGCUCUACGCCUCCCACACCAACUGGAGCGAGGUCGUCCGCCCGGCCUACAGCCGCAUCCUGCCCUUCCCCCUUACCUGGGUCGAGCCGCCCCUCGUGCGCGACGCCAUGCUCCAGCGGGCCGAGGGCCUGGGCCUGGGCGACCUCGACCCGGACGCCGAGGUCCCGCCCGACGGCGCCGAGACCAGCGGCAGGCCCAGGCCGCCGCCGCCCAGCCUCAAGACCAUCGCGGACUACAUCAACCAGGGCAGACUCGGAGCCGCGGACAGAACGUCGGAGGAGACGCGCGCCGUCAACAAGCUCCGGUCCACGGCGCGAACGUCGUGCCUCGACCCGCUGGCCCAGGCCCUGCGCCGCGCGGCGCCCGACGACGCCCUCUCCUUCGUGGCGGCGGCGGCCGGAGGCGACGGCAGGGCGCCCACGAGCGUUGACUGCCUCGCCUACGCGUACCUCUCCCUCAUGCUGGUCCCGGACCUGCCCCGCCGCUGGCUGCGGGACCUGCUCGCCUCGGAGCCGUCCCUCGCGGCCCUGACGGCCUUCACCUCCGCCCUGCGCGCCGCCAUCCCGCCCGCCGCGCCCCUGACCCUGACCGGCCCGUCCACUACCGCGUCCUCCUCCUCGCUCGCGGCGCGCUUCCUCCGCGGCGCGCUGCGCAGCGCCCCGCACGUCGGCGACGCCCUGCACGCGCGGGACCUGCGCCUGCGGGCGGCCACGAGCGACGACAUAGCCCGGCGGCAGCAGCGCCGGCGGGACCUGCUGCACGCCUUCUGCGCCGCCGUGCUGGGCUCCGCGCUCGUGGCGGGCGUGCUCGCCUGGCGCCGCGUGCCGGCCUUUGGCGAGGCCGUGUACCGCUGGAGCCGGCCGGCGCGGGGCUUCGGCGCCGCCGGCGCGCUGCUCGGCCUGUACGGCUCCUCGUCCUCCUCUUCUGCUGGGGUCUCCUUUGGUGGUGGCCGCGACGGCGCCGGCGGCGGCUUCCGGGCGCCGCAGGGGUACGCUGGCGGUGGGGCCAGUGGCGUCGGGUCCGGGCUCGGCGGGGAGUACGAGGAGGUGCCGAUCGAGAUGAGCGGGCGGCCUGAGGUGGUUGAGGUGGAUGUCGAGGUCGGCAGUGGGUCGUCGUGA